AUUGGUGAAUCCUGUGUCGAGGUUACUGAACCUUUGGGUUUCCGACCCCACAACGCUCCGCAUCUGCCCGUCUCCACCGUUCACGUGGCGCUAACUUGCGUUCUCUCGUCGUUAUGGUCCCCAAAGCCUAAAGAUGGUAGCCCAUUCCGAGACUCUCAUGCCCGGCCGUGAUAGCGCCAUGUCUACACGAGCAUAAUGAGGGACAGCCAGGAGGCCGACGAGGCCGACCUCACGGGAGCGCAGCAUGAGCUCGUGGAAGAGUUCGCUGAGACGUACGGCCUUGCAGACCAUCUGGACGUCUUUCACAGGGUCGCGCAACUACUCCAGCACAUCGCCGAUAAUGAAAACCCGGAACCUGACUUGACGGCUGGUGAGGCGCAAGCGCUUGGACGGGAGACAUCUCAUCCAUGGCACCAACCAAGGUUGCUGUAUUUCACCAUCCUGGUCUGCUCGCUCGGCGCUAUUGAGCAAGGCUGGGCUCAGACCGGGAUCAAUGGUGCCAAUCUUUUUUUGGGACAAGCUCUUGGUAUCGACUCGGGCAGCGCACACGACUCGUUCAUCUUGGGAUUGAUCAACUGCGGCAUCUACCUCGCCCAAGGGCUGUUCGGUGCAUGGCUUGCGGAACCGGUGAACAGUCGCCUCGGGAGACGUGGGGCUAUACUACUCGCCAGCAGCCUUGCCCUUCUGGGUAACAUUGGUUCUGCGCUCAGCCCCUCGUGGCAGAUUCUCCUGCUGUGCCGUUUGAUAUUGGGCACGGGAUUGGGUCUGAAUUCCAGCACCGUCAACGUCUAUGCAGCUGAGUCCGCUCCAGCGUACAUCCGAGGUGGGCUCGGAGUCAGCUGGCAGAUGUUUACCGCCGCUGGCAUUUGUCUGGGCUUCUUAGCCAACGUGGCUCUAUACUCCGCCCCAUCUGAUUUGAUCUGGAGACUGCAGCUGGCAGUACCCCUAGCGCCCCUGAUUCCGCUCCUGCUCCUCAUCUACAGCUGCCCGGAGUCUGCAGCGUGGUUCACGAAGCGUAGUAAGUACGGGUUAGCGUUCGCCUCCUUGUCACGCCUUCGGAACACCGAGCUGCAAGCGGCCUGCGAGGUAUACUCGGCCUACCUCUCAAACCGCAUUCUCAACAAGGAACUCGAUACCGAGCAACCUUCCGCGUUCACGGCUCUCGCAUCACUGAUUACCGUCCCACGCAACCGCCACGCGCUCUACGCAUCCUACACCGUCAUGCUCUCCCAACAGAUCUGCGGCAUAAACAUCAUAGCCUUCUACUCCUCAACGAUCUUCUCCUCCUCCGGCUUCUCUACACAAGCUGCCCUCUGGGCCUCAGUAAUCUUCGGUCUCCUCAACUUCCUCUUCGCCAUCCCCGCCAUCUGGCUAAUGGACGCCUUGGGUCGCCGCAGCAUCAUGCUCUGGACUCUGCCUCCGAUGGCGCUUACGAUGUUCUUCGCCAGUCUCAGCCUGAGUCUGCCCGAAGGUACGGCUCGGUUCGUCCUCCUGGCUGGGCUAGUCUACCUCUUCUGCAUGCUAUACUCGCCGGGAGUGGGUCCAGUUCCGUGCGCGUAUUCCGCGGAAGUUUUCCCGUUAAGCGUGCGGGAGCUGGGCAUGAGCGCUGCGAUUUCGACUGCGAGUCUUUGGGCUACAGUCCUGAGUCUGACGUUCCCUGCUUUACUGGAGGGUUUGGGCGAGCAGGGGAGUUUUGGUCUUUAUGCGGGAUUGAAUGUGGUCGCUUGGCUAUUGUGCUGGAUGUUUGUGAGGGAGACGAAGGGAGUGAGUUUGGAUCACGGUAUGGAUGAAGUCUUCCUGCCGGAUCAAACUACGUACAUGAGGCAGCAGCUUGCUGCAUUUUGGCAGGGGAGGGGACGAACUUAAGCGCAGUUGAACAGUUGUACAGUUUGUACACCCGGGCUAUCUCGGGUAUCUGCACCGAGUGUGCGAUCAGCGAUCAAUCGCGACAUGUCUAGGCUCAAUCGUGAUCCCUACUGUAGUCUUGGCAGAUACGGAUUGCGCGCAACCUAGCUGACGAU